AUGUCUGUGAUGGUGGUAAGGAAGAAGGUGACGCGGAAAUGGGAGAAGCUACCGGGCAGGAACACCUUCUGCUGCGAUGGGCGAGUCAUGAUGGCCCGGCAGAAGGGCAUCUUCUAUCUCACGCUCUUCCUCAUCCUGGGGACGUGUGCUCUCUUCUUUGCCUUUGAGUGUCGCUACCUGGCCGUUCAGCUGUCGCCCGCCAUCCCUGUCUUCGCCGCUGUCCUCUUCCUGUUCUCCAUGGCCACUUUAUUGCGGACGAGCUUCAGCGACCCCGGGGUCAUCCCCCGGGCCCUGCCCGACGAAGCCGCUUUCAUCGAAAUGGAGAUAGAGGCAACGAACGGAACGGUACCCCAGGGCCAGCGCCCACCCCCACGCAUUAAAAACUUCCAGAUCAACAACCAGAUAGUGAAGCUCAAGUACUGUUACACCUGCAAGAUCUUCCGGCCCCCUCGGGCCUCCCACUGUAGCAUCUGUGACAACUGUGUGGAGCGCUUCGACCAUCACUGUCCCUGGGUUGGGAACUGUGUAGGAAAGAGGAAUUACCGUUACUUCUACCUCUUCAUCCUUUCUCUCUCGCUCCUCACUAUCUACGUCUUCGCCUUCAACAUCGUCUACGUGGCCCUCAAAUCCUUGAAGAUUGGCUUCCUGGCAACAUUGAAAGAAACACCAGGAACUGUUCUGGAAGUGCUCAUCUGUUUCUUCACCCUCUGGUCUGUCGUGGGGUUAACUGGAUUCCAUACAUUCCUGGUGGCCCUCAACCAGACCACAAAUGAAGAUAUUAAAGGCUCCUGGGCCGGGAAGAACCGGGUGCAGAACCCGUACAGUCAUGGCAAUAUCGUGAAGAACUGCUGUGAGGUGCUGUGCGGCCCUUUACCCCCCAGCGUGCUGGACAGAAGGGGCAUUUUGCCGCUGGAGGAAAGUGGAACCCGACCCCCCAGUAUUCAAGAAAGCAGCAGCAGUCCCCUGCCACAGACUGCAGUCCCUACAGAACCCACAAGCUCCAGUGAGCCGCCAGAGAAAGCCAGUUUUGCUCCAAAAGAGAUGCUACCCAAUGGGCUGGGGAAACCACUGUUCAGCCCAGGAACUCUUCCGGAGACCGAAGAAGAAGCUGAGAAGUAACAUCUGUUCCCAGAAGAGAACUUUUUUUGUUUAAUGGAAGUGAGGUAGGGGAGAAGACAACAGAGUUGGAGGGUGAGCAAGCAAUCCCCUUGGCCAUUUUGCUUUCGUCUUUUUUCACCUGAUUCUGGACUGGAAUAUACUUGGUGCAAGCUGUUUUCCCUGGACUCAAAGCACGAACGGAAGACGUGGCUCAUGUAGAGUAACCGGACGGGACCUCGGGACCCGGGAGUGGUCCGGCCAGCUCCCCUACUCAUCUGGUGGCCUCCACGGGUGGUCCCUCUGGCCCCAGGAAACACCGGCUCUCCUGGGUUGGUCUUGCCUCUGGCACUGUUGGGGCUUGUGGCAGCGGGCCUGCCUGGCUUGGCCAGCUGUGGGGGUUUGGGGAGGGGAGGGAGCUGCAUGGCUGAACCCUGAUGUGAAUCCUGGCUGGCUAGGUGUGACGUAGGGUGGAUUUGGGAACAUCCCCGGGAAUUUGAGAGAGCAGAGAGAGGGGCGAGGUCAGGUUUGGAAGAGCCUCCGUGCCACUUGAGUGCCAAUGAUACCAGGUAGCAAAUACCAUUUUUUGGAGGGUGGGAUCUGUCCCCCGGAUACUUGUAUUUAUUAAUGUAGCUCCCUUCUCGGCCCUCCCCCCUGCAACACUCUUCACACCCUCAUCCACCCCAAUCCCACUCUUUUUCGAUUAGCUAGAAGUAAACAAAUGACUUUAUUGCGUAGUAGUUUAGUGAGAUAACAAUCCCCCCACUUUCCCAGCCCACCUCUAUCUUUUGAUGUCUGUAUCCGUCUCAGUAAGCAAUUGUGAGAUGCCAAUGGCAAGCAGCACCACCUUCCCUUUCUAUCUCUCUUUCUCUCUCUCUCUCUGUCUCGUCUCACUUUCCUUUUCUCUGCCGUCCUUUCCCCUCCCCGGUCUUCCUCUUCGCUCUAGUCAGGAGGAGUGACAGCCCCCACAAUAAUACAACUCAGUUUGCACUUUGCGAGCACCUCUCCAAGUGCUUUUGUAAACACUAGAUCCUCACCUGAUCCGAGUGAGGAAGGAAUCGUCCCUUAUUCCCAGACAAAGAAAUCAUGGCACAGAAGAGACUGAAUCAUUUUCCCCAGUCCCGGAAGACAGGCCAGGGGCAGAGCUGGGAUGGAAACCCAGGAGCAGCUAUUUCGGGCCGCACUUCCCUGCGGAGACGGGUACCACAGUGGGUCCCGCUAAUGGAUUUCCACCCUUGGCUGACUCAGUGGCGGGGGGGGAAUGCUGGGACAACCGGACCUUGGGCGCGGGAGGUAGUGAGGGGCAUUUAUUGUUUCGUGGCACUGCCUCUCCCGGGAGCUAGCUGUGCUUGGGACCUGCACUCUGUGUUUCAGGGAAGAGGACAUGUGCAUUAAAUGUGACUCUGUUAAGAGAUAAUGUGUGUUCUCCCGUCCUGUUACGAGCCACAGUCCUUCUGGAUGGUUUCAGGGUCGAGAGCGGGAAGGGGGUAACUGGAGUUUUUUUUUUUAAUCUGUCUGAAGGUGAUUAAACUGUGUCUGAUUUAAA